AUGCUGUUUAAAGCGAAGGAAAUCAAGCCAAAUAUUCUAAUUGGAGAGUUAGCAAAAUCAAGAGGUACAGACCCCGCAAAGAUCCUUCUCGGUCCUGGUGGCGAUUCUCACAUUUUGCAGAACACUGGUAAACGAAAACCUAAACCACCUCCGUCUACGCCACUUGAUGGGUAUUUUGAUGCCAGUACCUCCUCCCCCGAAGGCUAUUCCUUUGGGACCAAUCCCACUGAUAUGAAUAGCCUUACCUCGUCGGACUGGGGAGAUGAAGGAUGUGUAAGUCUCAUGUAA